UUCCUCUCCCCUCUGAUCACCAGCCUACAUACGGAAGAAAUAAAAAAGAAAACAAAGUAAAAGCCGACAAUAAAGGAGAGCUCGAGUUCAAUCGGAGUAAAAACCUAGCAAAGCUCGUGCAAACGUUUGGAAGUGCCCGAUAUCCGCCAUGGGUCCCUUCCCUACAAACCCUAACCCUAGCCCCCUCCUCGAUCUUCGACCCUCCCGGCGAACGCACGAUGUCCGAUGAACGGCCCCCGGAUCCAGAUGUCCGCCCCCAUGGCCCCGGCUCCCUUCUCCGCCCCUCCACCCUCCUCCGCCUCCGCCGCCGCCCGAUCGUCGCCGGCGCCACUCCAGUCUCACCUCCCGUCCCCACUCUCCCUCGGCCUCCUUCCCCUCCCCCCGCCUCCCAGCUCCACGACCCGCCCGCCACCGUCCGGCCUCGACCUGGCCGAGAGCGCGCCCGUCGCGAGGGUGAGGUUGGCGGACAUCGCUCCCUACGAGGGUGCUCCGGGAGCGGCCUAUGCUAGGGCGGUGGAGUUGCUGUCGGGGUCGCUGAUGAGGCACAACGCGGUGGUGAUCGAGCUCGGGAGCGAGGAGGCUGUGGUGGUGCGGUGCGCGCUGGAGUCGGUGAGGAUGUACUUUAAAGCAAGAGCGCGGUGCAGUAGUGGCGGUGGGGGGAAGGCGAGCCGCGGUGUUUACAUCUACCGCGCUGGAAGGGCUUUGGAAGAUGGAGACCUGUCACCUGCAUGCAUGAAUGAUGCUUUCACAUGUAUGGGAAAGGCAGCUCGUGCUGCGCUGUGUGCAAUAGCAAGACAUCUUCGUCUACGCAGCGAUGUUUUCAACCAUCUGCUUGAUGAUACCCCACUACCUGCCAAUGAGGUCUCUUCAUCGGUGUUGGUUGCAGCCUGUUCUCAUGCCUCAUUACAGAAUGGCAAGGGGCUUAUUGGAGGAGGAAAAUCUUUGGCUAAUGAAGUAGAAAAAGGGUUGUUGACAUUAAUUGCUUCUGACAGUCCUGGGAUUCAGGUUUGUGAUCCAAAUGGUCGUUGGUACCUGGCAGAUGGGGGUUCAGGUCCUAGUGACCUAUUGUUGGUUACAGGAAGGGCACUUAGUCAUGCUACUGCUGGUCUCCGCCCAGCUGCCUCAUAUAGGAUCGCUGCUGACUAUUCUUCAGGAAUUAUGACUGCUGGAAGGACAUCACUGACAUUUAGACUAAUGCCUCAAAGCAAUGCUAUAUUGGAUUGCUCUCCAAUUGCAGCUGCUGGCCAUGUAAUCCCACAAAGUUACCAACCAAUAUCUGUGAGCCAGUUUAUGGAUGACUUGUCUGCCGAAGAAGAUGUGUGCAACCAUCCUGAUAAUACCUAUGUGGCAUGCGAUGAUCAUAACCUAAUUAGGGAACCAUCAUUGAGAAGUGUCCUCUCAGACCCUUUAUCUGGGGCAUUCCUUGAGGAUGCUAUGGUUGUAUCUUGCGGACAUUCAUUUGGUGGCCACAUGUUGAAGAAAGUCAUAGAAAUGGCGAGAUGUACUCUCUGCAGUUCAGAAAUAGACACUGGGUCCUUGGUCCCUAACUUUGCUUUGAGAGCUGCAGCUACUGCAGUGAAGAUGGAGGAUGACAGGAGACUCUUCCAUAAUGCUUCUCUUCGAAAACGCAGGAAAGAAGUUGGUGAGCAGACGGAUGCCCUGAAGAGACUAGGCAAGGAAAAUGGUGAGGUGGCAGUCGAUAGUGAGAGCCCUAGACCGCUAAAAGGAGUUCAAUAUCCAUUUGCAGUGAAUGAGAAAGUGUUGAUCAAGGGAAACAGGAGGACCCCUGACAAAUUUGUUGGAAGGGAAGCAUUGAUCACAUCCCAAUGCUUGAAUGGCUGGUAUCUCCUCAAGAUUCUUGACAGUGGAGAAAGCGUGCGCUUGCAAUACCGCUCUCUCCAGAAACUCCCGUGCUCUCAAGCUGAUGACAGGGCUCGGCCAGAACCACUGCUUCAGAGCAGCAGUUGACAGAAUCGCAUGGAUACUUUUGUUGCAUCCUCUGCCCGCUUGGGUCAGGAGGUUCGUCUCUUUGGCCGGUUAUUGUGCAUUUUUAGCAGAUCCCCAUGUACGUGCUUUUCUUUUUGAAGUUCUGCUUCCAGGGAGGCGGGGUGGUGGGUGUUGGGAAUUGCAGUACAAGCACUCAAAUCCUGUAAAAAUCAAAGGCCAGCUUUACAGAGCUUUGUAACCGGCAAAUGAUGUGCCAUGCAACUGUCUCUGGUGCCUUGCACCUGCUGCUGUGUGCAAUAGAUUUCAAGGACUCAUGAAAUUUAAUACUAAUUGAGAUGUGCACAAUCCAGUCAAGCUAAAGCAUGUUGGGUUAAAGAAGUGAUUAUUUCUGCUUA